GAUUGUUUAAAAGAGGUGCUGGAGAUUGUGGAGCUGGGCAUUUCAGGAAGUAAAUCCAAAAACAGUGAACAAGAGGUCAAGUACAAAGGAGAUAAGGAGCCAAACCCUGCAUCCAUGAGAGUGAAGGAUGCUGCUGAAGCUACACUAACGUGUAUUAUGCAGUUACUUGGAGCAUUUCCUUCUCCCAGUGGCCCUGCUUCUCCUUGCAGCUUGGUGAAUGAAACCACAUUAAUUAAAUAUUCUCGCCUACCUACCAUAAACAAGCAUAGCUUCCGUUACUUCGUUUUGGAUAAUAGUGUCAUCCUGGCGAUGUUGGAGCAGCCUCUAGGGAAUGAACAGAAUGACUCUUUUCCCUCUGUCACGGUUUUGAUCCGUGGGACAUCUGGAAGAUUUGCAUGGGCCCAGCAACUCUGUCUUUUACCAAGAGGAGCUAAAGCAAAUCAAAAGACUUUUGUACCAGAACCUCGACCAGCUCCUAAAAAUGAUGUUGGAUUGAAAUACAGUGUGAAGCACCGCCCUUUUCCUGAAGAAGUGGACAAGAUCCCGUUUGUGAAAGCUGACUUGAGCAUUCCUGACUUACAUGAAAUUGUGACUGAGGAACUUGAAGAGCGACAUGAGAAGCUGAGGAAUGGCAUGGCCCAGCAGAUUAUUUUUGAGACUUCCAUAGAUCAGAAAAGUGAAGAGGAGUGGCGGAAGAAGAGCUUUCCCGAUCCAGUCACGGAGUGUAAGCCCCCACCACCGGCACAGGAGUUCCAGACAGCACGCCUGUUCCUCUCUCACUUCGGGUUUCUCUCACUAGAGGCAUUGAAGGAACCUGCUAACAGUCGUCUACCUCCUCACCUGAUUGCACUUGACUCUGCUCUUCCUGGGUUUUUUGAUGACCUUGGCUACUUGGAUUUACUACCAUGUCGUCCUUUUGAUACUGUUUUCAUUUUCUACAUGAAGGCAGGCCAGAAAACAAGCCAGGAG